AUGAGAAAAGCUCUAUGUUUAUCAGCCAUAGCCGAAAACUCGACUACUCUGCUCAAUAUCAACCGCCGACUAACCGGUCUUACUCGCUCCGGCGAGAACAGAAACGCUCUCAAGCUCUUCGCCGAUGUUCAUCGUUGUACAACUCUGAGACCAGACCAAUACACCGUCUCUUUAGCUGUUACUGCCGCUGGGCACCUCCGUGAUACCAUCUUCGGUGGUCAAGUACAUUGCUAUGCGAUUCGCUCUGGUAUAUUGUGUCACUCUCACGUCUCCAAUACGCUUCUCUCGCUCUAUGCGAGAUCAGGGAACUUAGUUUCGUUGAAGAAAAGCUUUGGAGAGAUAGAGGAACCUGAUGUUUAUUCAUGGACGACGCUUCUAAGCGCAAGUUUUAAGCUUGGGGAUAUCGAGUAUGCCUUUGAGGUGUUUGAUAAAAUGCCUGAGAGAGAUGAUGUUGCGGUAUGGAAUGCUAUGAUCACUGGUUGCAAAGAAUGUGGCUAUCAUGGAACGAGUAUCGAGUUGUUUCGAGAAAUGCAUAAGCUUGGUGUUCGACAUGACAAGUUUGGAUUCGCUACAGUUUUGAGUAUGUGUUACUAUGGUUCUUUGGAUUUCGGUAAGCAGGUGCAUUCGCUGGUUAUUAAAGCUGGAUUUUUGUCUGCAUCAUCUGUUGUGAAUGCUCUAAUUACAAUGUAUUUCAAUUGCCAAGUCGUUGUUGACGCUAGUCUGGUGUUUGAAGAAGUUGAUAUUGCUGUGCGUGAUCAGGUCACUUUUAAUGUCGUCAUUGAUGGCUUGGCUGGUUUCAAAAGAGAAGAAUCUUUGCUGGUGUUUAGACAAAUGCUAGAAGCUGGUCUUAGACCAACUGAUCUGACCUUUGUUAGCGUUAUGAGUUCAUGUUCAUGUGCGGCUAUGGGCGAUCAAGUACAUGGCCUAGCCAUCAAGACAGGGUAUGAAGAGUAUACUCUAGUUUGCAAUUCCACAAUGUCAAUGUAUUCAUCUUUUGGGGAUUUUGGUGCGGCUUGUAAGGUUUUUGAGUCAUUGGAAGAGAAAGAUUUGGUUACUUGGAAUACAAUGAUCUCGGGUUAUAACCAAGCGAAAUUGGGGGAGUCUGCGAUGUCGGUAUACAAGCAAAUGCAUAGAAUAGGAGUUAAACCGGACGAGUUUACUUUCGGAAGUCUUUUAGGAAGCUCUCUGGAUUUGGAUACCCUCGAGAUGGUUCAAGUGUGUGUAAUCAAAUUAGGGCUUAGUUCAAAGGUGGAAAUUUCCAACGCUUUGAUAUCUGCCUACUCUAAGCACGGAGAGAUAGCAAAAGCAGACCUAAUAUUUGAAACAUCUCUGAAGAAGAAUCUAAUCUCCUGGAAUGCGAUAAUCUCAGGGUUUUACCAUAACGGGUUUCCCUUUGAAGGUUUGGAAAAAUUCUCUAGCUUGCUAGAAUCAGAGGUCCUAGUCUUACCUGAUGCUUAUACCCUUAGCACGCUUUUGAGCAUUUGCGUAAACAUUUUGUCGUUGAUGCUUGGAAAGCAGACUCACGCUUAUGUCCUCAGACACGGGCUAUUCAAGGAGACAUUGAUACGUAAUGCUCUUGUAAACAUGUACUCCCAAUGCGGGACUAUACAAAAAUCUCUUGAAGUAUUUAAUCAGAUGUCUGAAAAGGACGUUGUGUCAUGGAAUUCUCUGAUCUCCGCAUACGCAAGACACGGGGAUGGAGAGAGUGCGGUUCUUACUUACAAGACGAUGCAAGAUGAAGGAAAGGUGAACCCCGAUGCAGCCACGUUCACAGCAGUUCUCUCUGCUUGUAACCACGCCGGUCUAGUCAAAGAGGGACUCGAGAUAUUUAACUCAAUAGUGGGAUUUCAUGGUGUGCUACCAAAUGUGGAUCAUUUCUCGUGCUUAGUUGACCUUCUUGGUCGAGCGGGUUACCUCGAUGAAGCGGAAAGCUUGGUGAAGAUGAGCGAGAAGUGCAUCGGAGCUCGAGUAGAUGUGUGGUGGGCUUUGUUUAGUGCUUGUGCUGCUCAUGAAGAUUUGAAGCUGGGGAAGAUGGUUGCGAGGUUGCUAAUGGAGCGAGAGAAGAAUGAUCCUUCGGUUUAUGUUCAACUGGCGAACAUUUAUGCAGGGGCUGGUUUGUGGAAAGAAGCAGAAGAGACGAGAGAAGCCAUGAACAUGAUUGGAGCUAUGAAGCAACGAGGUUGCAGCUGGAUGUGA